AUGGCAACAAAGACGAUGGCAAGACGGGCAGCCCCUGUCCUGACAACGCCAUCUUUCAGCCUAAUACGACGAGCUCACAGCCCACUUUAUCACAGGCUUUCGAAUACUACAGCCGCAUUUAGUGUCGCUCAAAGGAGUCUUGCCACUACGAACGAGGCACAUGCGGCCGUGCUGCAAGACCAGGAACAACAACAACAACAGCAGCAGCGAGCAACAUCCCUCUACAGCUUCCACGAUGUGUCAGAGCGAGAUACCCUGUUGUCCGAGAUGAGGCACCACCAUGUAUCCUGGACCACGAUUAGCGAUCACUUCGGUAUCAGCCUCGCGGAUGCAUUCAUGACCUACAUCGGCGCUGCUUCCAAGGCUUAUACGCACGGUUGGUCGCCCAGGAUGACUGCACAGGACAUUGAGCAUUAUCUCACACGACGAAAAUGA